UGCACAUCGGCGCGCUUCUUGGCGACUGGGCAGAAGCAUGUGGAACAGUUUACAAUGGCACAGCAUGCGGUAAACACGUCGCGCUCCGUGGCGGUCGGCGCACAUGACGCCGUCCACUUGGACGUCAUUGUCCAAUUGACCAGGGCCCACAAGACGCCAUGCCUACGCGGUACUGGGUCGGCGUCGUGUCACGAAACCACGUGCAGCGAGGAGUUACCGGCGGGUUUGCGCAAGUGUGCCAUGGAAAAUGCGCCCCGUUGCGGCGCAUGUCCCCCGGCGACGUCUUAAUCUACUACUCGCCGAAGACGGAGCGGGACGGUGGCGCACCACUCAAGUCGUUUACAGCCAUCGGGAUCGUCCAAGCCGACGAACCGUAUCGAGUCGAAAUGACGCCUGCAUUUCACCCAUUUCGCAUCAAUGUUGCAUAUGACACUCAAGUCGAGGCUGCCCCCAUUCACCCCAUGCUGUCCAAGCUGUCGUUCACGAAGCAUGCCAAGAACUGGGGCAUGAUCUUUCGGCGAGGGCUAUUUGAGAUUUCCCGCAGCGACUUCGACAUCAUCUCGGUCGCCAUGAACGCCAACGUAGAAUCCGUUUCCUAAACCAAUGCUUGAUCCCACACGACUUGCACUUGCGUCUUUCAUGCACGUGAAUGUGGUGGCCACCGCGAUGCUGCCGAUGGCCAACCAUGCCUGUUAACACAAGUGCCCCGCCGACCACCUGCACGACCGCAGAUCACAAGAAAGAUGCCCUCGACAUGCAUGGUGCAUUCAGCAGGCGGAAUAGUGUCUGCUUCAAAGACCACGCAGCCGUUGCAUUGCACGAUAGAGACACCUCCAUCGCGAUGGCUUUGUUGGUUCCUACUCCUCCCAAAUAGUGAACGCGACUUGAUCAUCAUGCCGUUGGCCAUAACGACGUCGGCGACAAACGGUAG